AUGGCCACGUCCAGCGUCCUCUGGCAAAACGACCGUAAAACAGUAAUCUUACUGGACCUGGUGCGGUCAAUUGAGGAGGCCCAGAUCCCCUCCAGCGAGCUGGCCGCCAACAAUGGCAGACCACCAGCGACGCUCCGCAGGCUAGUUUCGGCGUUGCCCCCGGCAUCUCCGUUCCCGACGCCGGAGCCGAAGAGGGGCAGCUCCGAACCCCCGACCACGUCGCCGUCCGCGCAAAUAGCGGACCUGAUGACCCAGGCGGCGGUCGAAUCAGCUCUUGAGGAGAUCAGAGCGUCACAUGAAGGGCUCUGGUGCCUCCCACGCGUAACGUCCCCCUUUCGAUCACCGUCUCUAUCACCUACCCCCCAACUCCCACCCGCUCCUCGGCACCAUCCCAAUCCCAACCAACACAGCCUCCUCCACCCCAGGCGGGAGCCGUUCGAUCUCAUCCUCCUCGACCCGCCCUGGCCCAACCGCUCCGCCAAGCGCAAGCGCGCCGGCGCCGGCGCCUACCGCCCGGCGCCCGACCUGUCGUCCGUACGCGCCCUGCUGCGGCAGGUCCCCGUGGCGUCGCGCCUCUCGCCCGGCGGGCUGGUGGCCGUGUGGGUGACCAACGCCGCGCGGUUCGCCGACCUGCUGCUGGGGACCGGCGGCGGGGGGGGAGGCAGGGGGUUGUUUUCCGAGUGGGACGUCGAGCCGGUCGGGGAGUGGACUUGGCUCAAGAUCACGGCGGGCGGCGAGCCGGUGGUGCCGGUGGGGUCGGCGUGGAGGAAGCCGUGGGAGCGGUUGCUGAUUGCGAGGAAGAGGACCGCGGCUGGCGAGGGAGGGAGCAGGACCGGGCCGGUCGAGGGCAAGGUGAUUGCCGCGGUGCCGGAUGUCCAUUCGCGGAAGCCGAACUUGAGGGGGCUGUUCGAGGAGCUGUUGCCGGAGCGCUACGAGGCGCUCGAGGUCUUUGCGAGGAAUCUGACGGCCGGCUGGUGGGCCUGGGGGGAUGAAGUUUUGUUGUUCCAGCGAAGAGAGUGCUGGGUGGAGGGGAAAUGGGGAUGA